AUGACACUGUAUACAUCGUUUGUUAGUGUUUUAGUUGUAUGCGUGUCUUAUCUCGUGUAUCAGAAAUACGCCAACGUAAAUAUCAGCUUUGUACAGAAACCCGAAAAGCGAUAUGAUUACAUCAUUGAAAUUUUCCUUCAUUCAUCUAGUAAUUUUAGCCAAGUUUUUAUUUAUUUAGUCGGCGCCGGCACCGCUGGCUGCGUUCUGGCUUCCCGACUGUCUGAAGAUCCAAAAGUUAAAGUGUUACUUAUUGAAGCUGGUGAUCACAUGGGUUAUUUCACUAAAAUACCACUGACCUCAACCGCCGCACAGCUAGGACCUAAUGAUUGGUCUGUACGAACAACACCACAGAAAUAUUCAUCUUUUGGGCUCAUUGAUCGGACUCAAAUAAUCCCUCGUGGCAAAGGUCCAGGUGGAUCUGGACAGAUAAAUUUCUUGCUUCACGGAUUUGGUUUGCCCGAGGACUACAACCGAUGGUCCCGCUUGGGCUUUAAAGGAUGGACGUUGGAGAACUUAAAACCAUAUUUCAUUAAAGCUUUCGGGACCUACAGAAGUGAAUUCGACUCAGAUAUGUGUCCACCCAUAGGACAAUGUUCGGAGGCUCCGAUGAAGCUGAAAAUGGUUGAUGAUAGUAACGAACUGAUGAACAUCUUCAAGCAAGCUUCAUUGAGUCUCUCUGACAGAACAACCCUGUUUAGAAGAGCCACGGCAUCCAUUAAAGACGGAACAAGGUAUCAGACAUACAGCGCGUAUUUGAAACCAGCUCUCAAAAGACCUAAUCUACAUGUCCUACUUAAAACACAGGCAAUAUCAAUACGUUUUGAGGAUCAGAAAGUUUCAUCUCUUUACAUUUUGGAAGACCAUCGAAAUCUGGACAAUAUAUUUGUAAACAAAGAAAUAAUACUCAGCGCUGGUGCCAUUAAAACGCCACAAAUCUUAAUGUUGUCUGGUAUUGGACCAAGGAAUUUAAUAAGGAGGCUGAGGCUAGACUUGAUAUCAGAUAAUGAGUUCGUGGGUCGCAACCUUCACGAUCAUUUUAAUGUGCCAAUCUAUGUCAGCAUUAAGAAACCUAUCAGUAUCACUUUGGCCAAAGUAUUUAGUGCCAGUACCUUAUGGAAUUAUUAUUGGAACGGGGGCGGUUACUUAGCUUUUCCUCCUGUAGCUGGUGUUGAAUAUCGUAACUCUUCAGCUCUGAUGCUGUUCUCAAUGGGAUCGUCCAGUGAGAGAUUGUUACGAGACUUGUCCAACUACAAGCCUCAGGUUUUCCGUGAAACAUUUCCGUUCCACAACGACACCAGUAAGGAAGGCUUCAUGUGGUUGGCGUCAUGUGUGUCACCCCGGAGUCGUGGUCAGGUCACAGUCACUGACCCAAGCACCAGUGUCCCGCCGGCAGUUGACCCCAACUACCUACAUCGAGAAUAUGAUGUACGGUGCAUUAUUAGAGCGAUAAGACGAGCGGAACGAUUAGUAUCGACUAAAGCAUUCCAAAGUAUCGAAGCGAAAAUCCACUGGCCGAGAUCAGAGCGGUGCUUGUCUUUGUGGACCUACACGAAGUUGGAGCAACUUGGACUGAGACGAAGAAAGAAGAUGAAAGUACCAGGAGAGAAGCCACGUAAGGAGAUACCAAAGCAGAAGCCUCGGAGUCCCCCUGACGCGUACCUGGAGUGUAUCAUACGGGAGGUAGGAGUGACGGGACACCACGCGGGGGGGACCUGCGCGGGGGGCAGGGUUGUCGACGAUCUGCUCCGUGUCAAAGACGUGGAAGGUCUCCGUAUAAUGGACGCGAGUGUGUUUCCCUCGCCAACAUCGUUGUAUCCAAACUCAGUUAUCGUCGCGAUGGCGGAAAAAGCUGCAGAUUUAAUAAGAAAUACUGUAACAUAG